UAUAUGGAUUGCUGACCUCAACGCACUCUCAGUUUCUGUUCACGUUGUCACGCGUUUGACCAAGUUUUAAUCCACUUGCUCCCCACAAGAAUGUGAGUCCAAAGCUAGCUGCUAGCUGAGUCGCAAGGGCUAAGCGAUUUCUCACAUGAACUGCUGUAGAGUUCAUGAGCAUGACGGAUGGCCGCUGACCCAUUCUUGAAUACAGACACUCCGAGUCAAGAUGUCUGCCCCCGCCGUGCCGCCCUUCCUCCGCCGCAUCCUCCCCGGAAAGGGACUGCGCUGGGCCUCCAACAGCGGCCGCAACAUUCUACAGCCGGAGCGCCGUGACGAGGCUGUUAGCGCGGCUCUGCAGGUGCGUGUUGGGCGUCCCAACAGGAGGAUGACUUCGCGCCCCGCCAAGCGGGAGGUCGAGCGUCUGCUUGUCGACAUUGUCGACACGUGCACGCGCCUCGUGCGCGAAAACCCGGCCAUGAUGAACCCCAUGGACUUUAUGGCCGGCGUCGGCAUGACCGGCGUCGGCAACGACGAUUUCAACAUCUGGGACUUCCGAGGACGACUCAUUCCUCGACCAGGCUCGCGUGGGCACCGAGCUUGGGGAGCUCCUCAGCCCUCACAUUUUCCAAGCCCUCUUUCUGGCCAUCAUCGAGGCCCGCCAGCGGUUCCGCACCUUCGCUGCAGAGCACCUGCCCGCACACAACCCUUCCCGCUGCUCUCUUCUGGCGGCUGCAGCCGACAGAUUUCUGGAGGCUGCUGUGUUCUGGGAUGUCGCCAGCGUCCCGAUCCAGCUCCGCAUCGAGGAGCCUGAUGAGGAGGAGAUGGAUACAGAGUCGGAGGAGGAGUCUGAGGAGGAGUAUGAGGAGGAUGAGGAAUACGGACAGGGCUUUGAGGGUGGUUUCGAGGAGGAGGAGGAGGAUGAUAGCCCCAUGGAGGAGUGAGACGGCAUGACGGAUGGUCGACAUAUGCUUUUUGUACUGUGGGCCAAGGUUCUCACAUGAUUUGUCAGGAGCGUGAUGGAAUAUGGAUGGAUUCAUGGGUUAGAGCAGAAUGAUCAGUCACCCCUCAAAGUUGUC